AUGGCGAUCCUAACUCCCGUCAUUAAACUCGUUGUUUUUAGGCAAAGUCUACGACCACAUUCUGCUAUUGCAUUCCUCGUUGAGUUUCUUUGCUUCGUCUUAGAAUUACUCGACAAGGAGAAAGAUCUAGCCAAAAUAUUCGGUAUCGUAUGUGCUUGCGACACAUUAAUCUUCACUUUGCUCGAUCUUAUCCAAAGUUUGAUCGAGGAAGAAGUGAAAAUACAAAGAUGCGGCCGAGUGUUUUGGCUUUACACAAACGAUGGGAGCCUCUAUUGGCACACAUUAAACGCAUAUCUUUUGAUGUUAUGCAUUGUCCACGUCAUCGGUUCCACGAUCUCUUACGUUUCUCAUAAACAUUAUCUAGUCUUGCUCCCGCUUUUCGCAGCCGGACUCGAACUCGUCCCACAAGAAGCCUAUCGAGUUCUUGGACCGGAUCAAGAGUCUGGAAAUUCUAUUGAGCCUCUUAAUGGUCCAUUAAAUGGUAUUGAGCUUGAACAAGGAAUGGUUGUUCAUGUUGAGCCUCUUCAAGAGCCACUAGAUGGUAUUGAGCUAGAGCAAGAACUCGUCCCACAAGAAACCAAUCGGGUUCUUGGACCGGACCAAGAGUCACAAAACUGUAUCGGGGCUCUUAAUGACCCAUCAGAUGGAAAAGACCAAAACCUUCAAGAUGAUAUUGUGCUAGAUCAAGAGUCACAAGAUUGUAUUAUUGCACCUCAUCAAUGUCCAUUAGAUGGUAUUGACCUACAACAAGAAACGGUAGUUCACGUUGAGCCUCUUCAAGACCCACUAGAUGGUAUUGAGCUAGAGCAAGAAGUGGCUAUUCAUGUUGGGCCAAAUGAUGACCCAUAA